UCCGCCAGGCUUUGCGCUGCCUGAGGGACGUAGAGCGCCCCCCCUCCCCUUGCCUCCCCUUUUCACGAAUGCCCCUCCUCUCCACCCCCCCAACCCACCGUGGCGAAUCCGUCCAGGGGCUGCGCUCGCGCACCGACCGUACCAUGGAGAUUUUUAUUCCUUCGUUCCGCUAUGAGGAGAGCGAAUUGGAAAGGGGCUACACGGUCUUUAAGAUAGAAGUACUAAUGAAUGGAAGAAAGCAUUUUGUUGAAAAAAGAUAUAGUGAAUUCCAUGCUCUCCAUAAAAAACUUAAAAAAUUCAUAAGAACUCCAGAAAUCCCUUCAAAGCAUGUGAGGAACUGGGUGCCCAAAGUUUUGGAACAGCGUCGGCAAGGAUUAGAAUUUUAUUUACAGAGUAUUGUUUUAGAAAAUGAAGAGCUUCCCAAGAUGUUUCUAGAUUUUCUCAACGUUCGUCAUUUUCCUUCUCUCCCAAAAGCAGAAAGUUGUGGUUCUUUUGAAGAAACAGAGUCUGAAGAAUCAAGCAAACUGUCCCACCAGCCUGCGUUGCUGUUCCUAAGGGAUCCAUAUGUCUUGCCUACAGCCAAUGGUAAUCAGACCUGUCAUCUAUUAACAGCUCUUUACUGAUCUGCCCCAUACCACAAAAACCACAUAGUUAUAAAUAUGACUUUCCAAAUGUAGUUGUUGAAGGCAUUCUCCAUGGAUUGUUUUAUCCUCACCUACAACCCAGGUAGAAAAUGGGUUUCGAUGGAAAAUAAUCGGAGUAAAUUCAAAUUAUGUUCCUC